UUUCACAAAAUACAAUGUGAUGAAACAGCUAAAUCUAAUUGGAAUGCCAAAGGUAGAAACAAUUCUUAUUUGGCGUGAAACAAAGCCUAAGAUUGCACUUGGUACAAAAGAUUGUUGUAAGUCCAUUGGCACAGUGCCUGCAUCUACCUUUUGUACCGUAAGUUGGCCAAUGACAUAUGCCAUCUUUUUGGGUGGUGAUAUCAGGUCUCGGCAGUAUAGGGUUUGA